AGUCACAGAAAAACUGAUUAGUAUAUAUAAUUAGUUAAAAAUAAUUCGAGAAAGAAUCUAAUAAGACUUGAAUUGGUAUAUGAAAUAACAAUAAUACAAAUGCAAUCUUCUUCUGUUUGGCUCUCUUUUUCUCAUCAUAUUAUUUUAAUGACACCGCCAUAUAAAUUCAACCGAGAGAAGACUUUUUUAUCGUUAAAAUUAGAGGGAGUUUAUUAAGUCAAAAAAAGCAUGAAGAGGAAGAGAGAGAUGGAGAGGAAAACAGAGAUAAAAUCUGCCAUUGAAGAGCUUUCUUUGCUCAUUAAACUUACUACAAGAAAUAAAAACAACAUUAAUUCUAAUACUAUUGCUACUACUGCGGCGGCGACUGGUGUUGGUGCUGCGGGAGCUGAUCAUCUUAAACAACAACAAAUUCAGCAAGAAUUGGUGGUUUCCAACAUACCGACAAGACCAUUUCUCUCGAUUUGUUCCUUGAUUAUUCAAGUUCUUGAUAAGAUAGGACCUACCAUGGCUGUAAUGAGACAAGACAUUGACAAGAAUAUUCAGAGAGUGGAGAUGCUUUGCGAUACUGAUCCGACAACAUAUUCAAAUUUGGUAGAGAUAUUAAACAAAGAAGCAGUUGAACGAUGUGCUAAAAAAGGUGAUACCUGUAGCAAAGCCUUGGUAUGGCUUACCAGGUCCCUGGACUUUACGGCAGCAUUGCUUGAAAAGUUAAUAGGUGAACCAAGGGAAAACAUGGAGCAAAUUGUGGGGAAAUCUUACGAGACCACUUUGAAACCUUGGCAUGGAUGGAUUUCAUCAGCUGCUUAUAAAGUAGCGCUAAAACUAGUACCUGAUACUGAUACAUUCAUUAGCCUACUCAUGGACAAAGGUCAAAAUAUUGACACCUUCAAAGACGAAAUACAAGCUUUCAUUUCAUUACUCGUGCCCCUACUGGAAGAUCUACACUCUACUCUAAGUUCAUAUGGGCUGGAGAAGCUCAAGUCUACGUAACCACGUUUUGAUAAGUACUACUUCUGUACAUAUAUACCAAAAUGUAAUAGAGAUUAAUUUCUAGCCAAUUCGAUUUCUUGUUUCAAUUCUAUUCAAAUAUGUAUGCUUAUAUAAACUCUUUUUUUUAGAAGCUCGAGGUGUAUACAUAUAUAUACUUCAUGUAAAUACUUAAUUAUCUGCUAAUCUAUAUUGAAGGAUAAGACUUGUACCGAUAAUAACUAUUAUCCUUUUUU